UGCCAUUCGUUGGUAGAAUGUCUAGCACAAAAACGGAUCAUCUUUAUUACGAUUGCAAAAAGAUUGGAGACGAUACGAACCACCUAAUCCUAAAAGUGUGUUUAUCUCUUAAGAUUUAUCACUAGAAACGUGCGCUACUUUGUGCAUGAUCCAUCUUUGAAGUUGUUCGCGGCGUUCAUUGAGCAGCGGAAAGCAAAUCCCGCCACCAGCGUUGUUUGUGCAUCAGAAAUCUGUGCCGAAGGAAACAAUACUCUGCUAUAUAUGUUUGUUUUUUGAACCAAAACUCCAGUGCAUGCCUUUUAUUGCGUGACUUCGUGACAUAGAUGUGGACCCGACGACAUACGUGAGUCAGCGGAAUGUAUCGUGAAACGAAUCCCGUUCAUCCAGCUAAUGCAGCGGCGACCAGUCUCUCGAACGACGAGCCAUGUCUAAAAAACUUAGACCCUCAACAAAUCAAGUUUCUUGACGAAGAGUGUAUUCUCGUAGAUGAAAAUGACAACGCCAUUGGGACAGCCUCUAAAAAAGAGUGUCAUCUGAUGGCAAACAUCAGAAAAGGUAUGCUUCACCGAGCGUUCUCGGUCUUCCUAUUUAACUCUGUCGGCGAACUACUGAUUACGCAGCGUUCAGAUGAAAAGAUCACGUUUCCCGGUUAUUUUACCAAUACAUGCUGCUCGCAUCCGUUAGCGAUUCCGUCAGAACACACAGAAGAUCCCCUCAUAGGCGUUAAGCGUGCUGCUCACCGUCGAAUGGUUAGCGAACUGGGUAUCUCUCCUGAAGAGUUGCCUCUUGAAUCAUUUCAUUAUCUGACCCGUAUUAAGUACAUGGCAGCGUCAAACGAUGUCUGGGGCGAGCACGAGAUCGACUACAUUUUGUUCAUUCAGCGCGAUAUCAAAUGCUUAAGGCCAAAUCCAAACGAAGUCACAUCCACAAUUUACCUUCCCCGGGAUAAGAUUGACUAUUUCGUAGAGUGUCUUUCGGGAACCAAUAAGUCGUUGACACCCUGGUUCCAGCUCAUCCUCGAUAUCUUUUUGAAGAAGUGGUGGGAUAAUUUGGAAAAUCUCAAAGCUUUCGAGUCGCAUGAUGUCAUUCAUAAUUUGAAUUAGUUAAAUCCUGAAUAGCGAAAUGGUAAACGGUUUAGCACCUGUGCAAGACUGAGGGAGGAGGAGAACAUGGCUAGCAGAUACAUAGAAAUUCAUUGAGAAAAUGAAGGCUACGUUUUAUGACCACUUGUUUUCUACACUUCGUUUCAAGUGCCCUCAGCGGGCGUUGAGGCUAUUCGACCUAAUGAAACGUCAUAGAAAAUCAAAUCGUUUAUUGUUUUUAUUCUAAAGCAGCUCAAGGAAAUAUGACAGCUAAAGAUAAUUAAAUAACCUGCCUCGAAAUCAAUAGAAGACUGAAGAGCUUAUUAACAGCAUUCGGCACUCAGCGUAUCUAUUGACACAAAGUUUAUCUAUAACAGACAAACGCAAAAAAGUAGUUCUGUCACAUAUUAGAGGAUUUGUAUAAACAUUUUAUAAAAACGUAUGUGAACUGCUACUAUAACAGUAGGCUUAUCAAGACCGAUUGCAUUAGAAGGAGUAAUGGACGUAAUCGACUUAUCUCUGAAAGCUCACAAAGAUUUCAUUCUCAAAAACUCCUCGAAAUACAGCAGCAGCAGCAGCAGUAGCAGCAGGACCAGGAGCAGCAAAAGUUUAAUCUCGAAGACAAAUGGAUAAAAUAUGUUGAAAAAUUGCUCAAUAUUGACUAAAAAGGCCAAGUCGAUGUACAACGGCCAAAAAAAUAAAGGAUUCGC